CUGCCGCUUCCGUUUCCUCCUCCCACCGAUCUUCCACCGUUUUGGAAGCAAAUAAUGCUCCCUCCCUCCCUCCCUCUCUCUCUCUCUAACUUUCUCCUCAUUUUAUUUAUUUAUUAGUGAAUUUGCGGGGGGACACAAAAAGCGAAGAUGAUUCGAUCAAGAAAAAGGAACCUGAAAUUUCUGAUUGGCUUCACUUGUCCCUGCCAAGACACCUGUAAAUAGGGCAAACUAUCUUCAACCUUGAUCAUGCACUCCCCAUUAGCAAUCUGCAGCUGUUAUGCUGUUUUGAAGGAGAAUGGAGGUCCCAUUGAUCGUCAUAGGAGAUCUUGCCCUUCCUAUGAACAACUGUUUUCUUCCUUGUUUGGAUCAUAUUCUUCUAUUCAUGGGAAGCAUUCACUUAUGUUUACCCAGAACGCAACUUGCAGAUAACAAAUUGCGAAUUGGUUCUAGACUGUUAGUUGGACUGGUGGAGAAAUAUGGAGUGAGGAGAUGGUCUCAUAUAGCCCAAAUGUUGACUGGAAGAGUUGGAAAACAGUGCAGGGAGAGAUGGCACAAUCAUUUGAGGCCUAACAUCAAGAAAGAUACAUGGACUGAGGAGGAGGAUAAGGUUCUUAUCCAAGCUCAUUCCGAGAUAGGAAACAAGUGGGCUGAGAUCGCAAAACGUCUCCCUGGACGAACAGAGAACUCGAUUAAGAACCACUGGAAUGCAACCAAGAGGAGGCAGUUCUCUCGUCGCCGUUGUUGUCGGAGCUCAAAGUAUUUCAAGUCAGGGUCCCUCUUGCAGAACUACAUUAAGAGCUUAACCUCAACUUUGACAACAGCACCCACUUCAGUGCUCCCAUUUGAUAACCAGAAGAGUACUACUGCAGGUAAUAAAGAAGAGUGGAAGGGAGUUUUAAGCAUGCCACUUAAGAGUAUUACCGGUACUUAUGAAGCUCCUGCUUGCGGUGGCCCUGAUCUUGGCAUUGAGAACAGAAAUGUGGACGAGGGGAUUUAUGAUGUUGGACAUCUCUUUGAUCGACUAGAGUUUGGUGCUAUGGCUAGUGGCGGCAGCAGCAGCAGCAGCGAAGGUAAUGAGGAUUUUGAGACAGCAAUGAAUUGGGAUCUGAUGUUGCCACUGUCGCCUGAGAAUGUGAAAAGGGAGAUGGAUUUGGUCGAGAUGAUCUUUGAAAACAAUUCCUUCUGAAUCGUCGUCCUUCCAUUUAACAUGAUGCUUGGAUCCUUUAUUUGAAAUUCUAGAGGAGAAAAUAAAGUAUAAUGUAUCCUCUUCAUUUACCUGUCUUUUUUCUUUUUAGGGUUUUGAGACAUAUAUCAUUUACCGCUGUGAGAUGGAUGUAGGUAUAAUUUGUGCUAAGUUAGCUAUGAUAAUCUUUUCUGCUACUUUCUGAGGUUGUUUUCUGUAGCUAGCUUCAUGGUUGCUGCUUUUGAUAUAAUGAUGAAAACAGACAGGUUGCUGUGGAUGUCA